GUCAGUAGUUAAAUUUUGCUUGACAGAGGAAGCUGCUUCUUGGAUUAUAAAGACGUGUUUCAAUAGACAGACAUCCACAUGCUGUUUUGUAAGGAUACAUAUAAUCCCUGGAUAUAACCAUGUUUUUGUGGCUAGAACUCUUGGUGUUUGGCUUGGCUCUUGUGGACAUGGAAGUUUUCAUAAAUGGCCAAUCCACAAUACCACAGACAACACCUAUUAAGAAAGCAACAAAUGGAAAAACAACUCCUGACUUUUCAUUGACACCUCCACGCACCACUCCAUUCUCACCUGCAAGCACCUUUGAAGCAAAGCCUGGUUCUCCAACCAACGAAACAGUAUCUCCUCCUGUUUCUCAGGCUGUUAAUUUUACUGAAAGCUCUCUUAGCAAAGAGAGUGUGGCUUUCAUUGCUACUUCUGCUUCCCUCACUACCUCAGAUGAUGGGAGUACUUUCUUUACUCCAACCACUGGCACUGCACCAAGCAUCUCUUCAGCUCUCCCAAACACCACCUCAAUAGGCAGUCGUAAGGCUUGUGAUGCUAUUCAGCUUUCCCCGAACUUUACAGAGGAUCGUCGUGCUGCAUAUCUUAAUUUUACUGCAUCAUUAGAUUUGCUGAACGUUUUCUGUAUUUCUUGUCAUUGGGAAAAAAAGAGCAAUACUUUAUCUCGUCUGGAAAAAUGCCAAACCUAUAACAUAACAGCAAAUUUCAGCGAAAAUUGCAAUAAAUCUUUUUCCAUUGAUGUUCCUAUUUCUGAUAACAAGCAAUUGAAGGAAACAGUCACUGAUACUACAAUAACUUUAUUUUGGCACCCUGAUGAUCAGUGUGAAUUGAAAUAUUCAUAUUACUGUUUUCAAAAUGAUACUAAGUCUAGUUUCAUUUCUGGUAAUGUAACUAAGUCAAUAUAUCAGUUUAAACAGAUGUCACCCAACACAAAUUACACAUGCAAUUCAACUAUUCAUGUAUCAAGAUUUCUUAAUACACCAGUAUAUCGUACACGUCAUAUAACAACGGAUUAUGGAAUGCCAGACAUACCUGAAAACUGUUCAUUAAAGUCAACUGAAGAAAAUAUAAUAACAGUUACUUGGAGUGCACCACAAAACCAGAGAAACGGCCCUAUUCAUGGUUAUAGAAUCAAAAUAUUCAACAAGAAAACUGGUGAACAUCAAAGUGUUAUGACAGAAAAUAAUAGAAUGCAACAUAUAUGGACUGGUUUAAAACCUUACACAAAUUAUACAGUGAUGGUAUCGGCAUACACCAUUGUAGAGAAAAAAAAUAACUUAUCACUUGAGGGGUAUCCCUGUACUCGUCAUAUUAUGACUCUGUCAACAAAACCAAGUCAUUUGAGAAACCUUGACUUAAAGAUAGCCGGGGAGGGAAACAAUAUUGUAGAUGUUUCUUGUGAGGGACCAGAUGAAUUAAAUGGACCCCAAAAAGUCUAUACAUUAAAAUGGGAUGGCAGUGAUGAAAAGAACAGCAGCACUUGCAAAUUCAAAGUGGACAACCUUUCUUUUUUGAAAACAUACACUUUUCAAAUAUCUGUUUUCAAUGGACGUUAUUCUUCAGAGCCAAUACUGAAUACAAUUGCUACCAAAUAUGAUACUAAAGCUGUCAUUGGAUUCUUGGCAUUCCUGAUUAUUGUAACAGUUUUGGCUUUACUUCUUGUCCUGUAUAAAAUAUACAUUCUUAACAAAAAGAACUCAAGAGAUGAAGAAGAAGGAGUAAGGCUUGUAACCAGAGAUGAUGAAAGACAGAUGAAGAACAUAGACCCAAUUCCUGCAGAGUUAUUGUGGGAAGCUUAUAAGAGAAAAAUAGCAGAUGAAGGAAGGCUUUUUCUGGAUGAAUUUCAGAGCAUUCCCAGAGUCUUCAGUAAAUACCCCAUAAAAGAAGCACGCAAGCCUUAUAACCAGAACAAGAACCGUUACAUCGAUAUCCUCCCCUAUGAUUACAAUCGUGUGGAGCUGAACUCAAGCCCAGGGGAGCAGGGAUACGACUACAUAAAUGCAAGCUAUAUCGACGGUUUUAAAGAAUUGAAAAAAUACAUUGCUGCACAAGGUCCCAAGGAAGAGACAAUAGAUGAUUUCUGGAGAAUGAUCUGGGAACAAAAAGCAACCAUUGUUGUCAUGGUGACUCGCUGUGAGGAAGGCAGCAAGAUCAAAUGUGCCAAGUAUUGGCCAUCAAUGGAGGAGGAGACUGCAUCUUAUGGGGACAUUAUAGUAAACAUAAAUGAACGCAAAGUGUGUCCAGAUUACAUAAUUCAGAAGCUGCAUAUCAACCAUAGAAGAGACAAAUCAGCAGGAAGAGAUGUGACCCACAUUCAAUUUACAAGCUGGCCAGAUCAUGGGGUACCCGAUGACCCCCAUCUUCUACUCAAGCUGCGGCGCCGAGUCAAUACUUUAAGCAACUUCUUUAGUGGCCCAAUAGUAGUCCAUUGCAGUGCUGGUGUAGGUCGCACUGGAACCUAUAUUGGGAUUGAUGCAAUGCUGGAGGGAUUAGAGGCUGAAGGACGAGUUGAUGUAUACGGAUAUAUUGCAAAAUUACGACGUCAGCGAUGCCUCAUGGUUCAAGUGGAGGCACAGUACAUCUUGAUCCACCAUGCUUUGGUUGAAUAUGUCCAAUUUGGCGAAACAGAGGUCUUUGUUUCAGAACUGCCCAACUAUCUCAGCCAGCUAAAGAAAAAGGAUUCACUCAGUGAUCCAUCUCUGCUGGAAGCUGAAUUUCAGCGACUGCCUUUAUACAGGAACUGGCAGAAUCAGAAAGCUGGUAGACAACAAGAGAACACACAGAAAAACCGGAGUGCCACAGUAAUUCCAUAUGAUUACAACAGAGUGUUAUUCAAACACGAAGAGGAAGGGAACAGAGAGAAUGAACAAGGUGCUGAUUCAUCUGAUGAGGAUAGUGAUUGUGAAGAGGAACCCAAUAAAUACAUCAAUGCUUCCUUUAUACCCAGUUACUGGGUUCAAAAUGGAAUUAUAGCAACACAAGGACCACUUCCAGAAACAAUAGGUGACUUCUGGAACAUGAUUUAUCAAAAGAAAGUCAAAGUUAUUGCUAUGCUGACGGACAAUCAGGAACUCUGUGCACAGUAUUGGCAAGAAGAAAAAAUGACAUAUGAUAAUAUCACUGUUGAACUAAAAGACAGCAACUGUAGCCCCAGUUACACCAUGCGCACCUUUGACAUAACUCACGUAAAGAGGAAAGACAGCAGAAAAGUGUUUCAGUAUCAGUACCAUAAAUGGGAUAGUUGUUCUCUCCCAGAAACCCCCCAAGACUUAAUCACCAUGAUCCAAAAUCUCAAACAGAAGUUUUUAGCCCAAGAUGCAGCUGAAGCAAAUGUGACCAACAAGAAGAAGAACGUUCCACUUGUUGUCCACUGUGGUGAUGGUUCUAAACAAACGGGAGUAUUUUGUGCUUUGCUAAAUCUCUUGGACUCUGCUGAGACUGAAGGUGUAAUCGAUGUUUUCCAAGUUGUGAAAGCUCUUCGUAGAGCCAGAACAGAAAUGAUUUCCUCCUUUGAAGGUUAUCAGUUUCUAUAUGAUACUAUUGCAAGCCUGUAUCCUGCCCAGAAUGGGCAGCUACAAAAUUCCCAAUGCCAUGAACAAAUCACUAACAUCCAGAAUGAAGUCAAGAAGGAAGAAGAGAGUAACUCUUUGGAAUCUGAUUUCCAAAUUAUGAGUCAAGAAAAUGGAAAUGAUGCUGAAAUAUGCGAUGAUAUCAAAGCCAAGGAUACAUCUAGGGAAGCAGAGAGUUCUAUUAAUGGACCUACAAAUCCAGUUUUAAGUGACAUGGCUUAGAAUUUUAAUCAAUCCUCCGUCCGCACCACAGAAAUCUUACCUGCAAAAGAAAAUUGAAACCGGAAUAUUAGAAAUGGGCAUUCCUUUGGAGAACACAUUUUGUAAAACUCAAAGGAUUAUUUUCCUCCAAGGAACAAUAUGGAAGAAUGAGGAACUUUUGGGUAAAUAUAAGAAGACUGUGAAUUUUGUAUGCAUGUUUGUAUGGAGGUAUGGAGAUUUUAAUCACUGGUUUUGAUUUGUACUGUUUGAUAUUUUUGGAAGUAAAAAAGCAUACUUCUUUUUUUAUAAAGGUCUUUUCCAUAGUUCCAGAAAAAGAGAACGGCUCUUCUCUUCCUUGUUGUUGUUUUUAAGAAGAAAGUUAUUCAUCCACAGUUUUGUCUGUGAAAAUAUUCAGGUUGGUAUCCAAAAAGAAAGCACAACUGAUUCUGAAUGCCCAGAACAUGUAAAAAAGGGAUGAGGCUUUAAGUAUACGCUUGUAGUCACCAUCUUGACUUUUUUGACCUUCCCUGCAUAUGCCUGCAUAUGGCGUAAUAUAUUUUUAAAUUGAGAACUACAAGACUACAAACUGAGCAAAGAACCUUAAAAAGUUAAAAUUCCUUUGAUGAGCUCAGCUAGUGAAGAAGGUAUGAUAGAUAUUCUUUUCUCAACAGCAAUGUGGACAUGUUUUGCCAAAGCACAACUUUCUAGUAAAAGUUUUUCAAAUUGCAAAUCUAAACAUGGCCUCACGAUGGCACUGUACGUACAAGGAAUUCAUCUGAAUCGCCAACAAAUCUAAAGUUAUGAAUGCUGAAAGCUGCAUAAACUUAAUUCAGCUAAUGUUUUUUUAGACAUGUUAAUACAGAUGUUCUAUUUUGUACUCUGUUUCUAUGGCUUGAAUAGAAUUUUUAUUUACAAGAUGCUCUAUUUUAUUCUUUAUAGUUUAUUCCUUUGGAAAGGCUGCACUUUGCAUUAAAUUUUAUAUGGAAAACAGUUUCAGGUAUUAUAUUUUUGGAUCCUUCCUACUUUAAAAUAAAAAUAAUGUAUAGGAUUUUUUUUUUAAAAAAAGAAAGUAAAAUUAUGACAAAAACCCUUCAGACAAUGUGAAAGGCUAAACCUUCAAUUUUAUAAAUAUAUAAAAUUCAUGUUUAUAAAUGAUUUAUUUAUGUUUAUAAAUGAUUAUCAAUUAUCAAUUACAACUAUUACCUACAACCUGGUUCUGAAGUUCCGAUUGCUGCCCCACUCCCAUAGUCUAUAUUUGUAUUUGACAACCAACCCACAUUUAUGGCCAUUUGUAGCGCUCAGGAGUCACAUGACUCCAUUUUACAACAUUUUCGUCAGAACUCAGAUCUACUUCUGGUUUUCGGCAAAACUGGCCAAGAAUGAACCACUGAUUCACUUAAUGACCAUGGCAAUCAAAUCAAUAACCAUUGCAAAAAAAAAAAGUCGUAAAAUUGCAUCAGUCAUACGGGGACCUGCUUUACAAUUGUCGUGACUUAUAACCAUGAGGGGCAGUGUUCUGUUUCCCUCCCCAAUACUUCCAACAAAGAGUCAGUCAAAGGCCUCUUUCUAAUUUAUUUACAUUUGGCUGAAUUCCUUCUGGCACAGAGAUGUCUCCCCACACACCUGCCAAAAUCCCUGGAGAUAACCAGAAAAUUAUAGAUAAAGCACGAUUCACUCACAAACAGAUUCUUCUAUCCAUGAUACAGUUUGCCUGCGCAAAUUCAUUACUUUGUCCAAGACAAAAAGCCAGGAAGUUCCGCCUCCUGCUUUAUAGCCCCUGUGAGUGUCACUCUGUGACUCAUCAUUCUUUGACUUUGUCCCAACGCAUCCUCUGCUGCGUGCGCCGGUCACAUCUGCGCAGUCUUGCAUCAAGCCAAGAUUGUUCUUGGGGUGUUGCCAAAUCAGAAGAAGGCCCGGGAGAAUCAGGUCUUGCCGGCCCCUCCUCUUCCUCCUGGGUGGGUGUCAGGGAGGGAGAGGGCCCAGGGGAAGCAAGUCUUGCCAGUUCCUCUUCCUCACUUUCUGAAUCAUCCUCCAGGAAUCCGAGUCCGGGAACCUGAGUCACAACAGGCAGGCUCUAUAAUGGUUGUAAGUCAAGGACUAUCUGUAAGGAAGCUUCUAAAUGAGGUUUUCAGGGAAAUAAGAAAUAAAAAAGUAUGCAAUUUUCACAAUGGAGUAACAGCAAAGGGGAGAGCCAAGAAGUCAGAAACAGUGGUGAAAGCCAAUUUUUUUUACUACGGUUCUGUAGACAUGGCUUGGUGAGCGUGGCUUGGUGGGCAUGGCAGGGGAAAACUACUAGGAAAACAUGCAUGGUAUAGUUCAGAGUUUUUCAAUCUCGGCAACUUUAAGAUGGAUGGACUUGAAUUCCUAGAAUUCUCCAGCCAGCAAGUUGCAGUCCACGCUUCUUAAAGAUAUCAACUUUGAAAAACACCAUUGUAAUUGCAAAUGGCUCCAGUCCUGAGAAUAUCUUUAAAUUAGCUGGAAGAUUAGAUUGCUAGCUAUUGCAUGGAAGACAUUCCUGUCAGAUAACUAUAUUGUUUUUGCAUUGCAUAACCAGGAAUAUUCUCUCUCUUAACACUUUAGCUGUCUGGUUACCUUCUCGCUUCCAUUUUGUUCUUCUUUGUCCUUCCCAUUUAAUGCUGUUCUUUUUAUUACUAUUUUGUUCUUCUUGUUGUUGUUUUUUGAAGUUGUGUGUAUGCAUGAUAUCUUAAAUAUAGAGUCAUCUGACUGGGUAAACUAUGUAUAUACCAAGUGGACUUCAAACAACCCUUUAUUAGGUUGGUGGAAAAAAGUCUCUACAGCCCAGCUUCUCUGUCCAAUUCUGAAGAUAAAGGUUUCUGUUGCACCUCAUUAAUUGCCCACCAGGUUGUGCUAAAAUACUUCUAAUGUAUUGUCAUUUUUAAAUAUUCACUGAAGCAAAUACAGCAGGAUGAAAAGGCUUAUUGAGGAAACUAAUAAUGUUUCUAGUUCAGGUGUUUUUGAUAAUAUCCUCUCACAGAUCUCCAAACUGAUGUUACUGCUGAAAUGAAUCAAGUGUGCAAACAGACUUCCUCCUCUUCAGUGUCCUUCCAAUUUUAAGAAUUUUAAUUACAAUAGUAAAAUCUAAUACAAACUAAACUUACAGACAGAGAAGAAAAUGGGGAACGAAAAUGUGCAGGAAAAAAAAAGAAAGAAAGAAAAAGAAAAAAGAAUACAAUAAAGAAAAAGAAACAUUUAAUGAAAUGUCUUCCAGCCUUUAUCACAACAGGUAUAAAUAAAUUUAGUAACUCUUCAGCCUAUGUAUUAAGGUUACAGAUAUUUCAUCUUAUGUCCCAUCCCUUUUUUAUAAAGAAAUCCAUAAACAUCAAGUUUUCAAAGUUUCCUGGUGUCUGCAAAAAGUCCCUAAAGGGUUUCCAGAACACUGCAAAAAGAAAUGUCUUAUUUUAACUUUGAUAAAAUAAACCAACUUUAUAUUCCUUACUUUUCAUUCUUUAACUCAGUCAGAUAUUGUCAUGGGAUACAGAAAAAUUGAACAGAAAUCAAAUCCUAUUGUACAGAUUUCUUCAAGAUUUUAACAACCCUCUUUUGCAGAUCCAAUAAGAAAACAUUUUCUUGGUUUAUUAUUGACUUGGUUUAUUGUUUGCACUUCUCUUUUAAUUUUUAAAC